AUGAGGAUCCAAGCCACCUGGGCGGCGGACGAAGGACCUGAGAAACAAGGGAUUCGUCACAAAACGUCAAUGUGGUCGAUCAAGAACACACGCUCCGUCUUCGCCAAGGUCCUCAAACACUACAAUCCCAAAGAGGUGGUUGUCUCAAUACAGGCUCCUCCAGAUGGAAAUCACAGAGCCGCACUUCUCGUCUUGCUCGCAAAGGUCUGCGAUGCAGCCGAAGUUGUCGAUCGUCUGGGCAAUUAUACGGGCUCAUUCGGCAUACAUUUCAGCGAGACUAGAAAAGCCGAUGGUCAACCGGGUACACCGUUCUGGGAGCGCGACGAAGUCUUGCUUUGGGCUAGGAACGCUCAAACGCCGAUACGCUUCUACGAUUGCAUCAUGUUUCCUCUGCUUUAUGGAACAUCGAGAGGCCCCUACGAUGCGAAGGUAACCUUCGAGCAUCCGCCGAAGACAAGGGGCUUGCUCUUCAAGAACACCCCCAAAACUUCUGGCCAAGAGGAACUAGACUGGAGCAUUGUGGAAGGCAUCAUAUGCUUGGAGUAUAUAAAGACGGGUAUCAUCACCGUGAGUUCUGGGUAUCUUCCUCAGCCUGCAACGAAAAGACCCUCCGGCGAAAUCCUGACAUUCAGAUGGAGUAAUUCAUGGGCAAAUCCGUGGAGGGAAGACCCGCGCAGAGCUGACGAAGUUGAUUGCACGUUGAAACAAUUAGAAGACUUCUACAAUGGGCUGUUCGGGGAUCUUUACAAAUUGGGCAGCUGUCGCUGGUGUCCGACCGAAACUGGCCCUCCAGAGUUGAGGGGGUUGAGAGAGUACAUCACCUUAUCCAUGCCGGCGAGGGAGAGAUUCAAGCGGCAUCCCAAGCCGGAGGCCGAUUGGUUUGCACCAUCCGUCAGUUUGCUAAAGUACCAAUUUGUCUCCUGGGCUUUGGGUUGUUCUGAUGAAGCGUGCACAAAAUGCUACAUGACUUCGGGUCGUCCUGCUGCAGCGUUCAUAAACGGCAAGACUUUACUCAAGAUUCGUGGGCAUAAAGUGGUAAAAUCGAGUUCAAGGUUUAUAAAAUUUAAGGUCAAUCAUGCAUCUACUAUAUAG